AUGGAUGUCAAUCCAUAUCGAAAUUUUGUUGAUCUUCUUCAAAGUCAACAAGAUAGUAGCUUAGGUUUAGAUUCUUCUGGUACUCAUCUAUUCGGCAGUGAAGCUAACGACGUUACAAACUUGGAAGAAGACACUCCUCUACAGCGCAAGGAAAGAAGGACGUGGACGCCAUCAGAUGAUAUCGUGCUCAUCAGCUUGUGGUUAAACACGAGCAAAGAUCCCGUUGUUGGAAAUGAGCAACGGUCUGUUGCAUUCUGGAAACGAAUUGCAACGUACUUUUUGGCCAGUCCUAAGAUUGCUGCCUGUGAUAGAAGGGAGGCGGCUCAUUGUAAGAAACGUUGGCAUAUGAUCAACGACCAAGUACGCAAGUUUUGUGGCGCCUAUGAAGCUGCAACCAAAGCCAAAAGUAGUGGGAAAAAUGAGAAUGAUAUUCUCAAACUGGUCCACGAAAUCUUCUUUAACAACCAUCAUAAGAAAUUCAUUAUUGAACAUUGUUGGAAGGAACUGCGCAAUGAUCAAAAGUGGUGUGAUCUUUCAACUGCAAAAACUGAAGGAAGCUCAAAAAAAGAGGAAGUUUGA